GCGCGGUGCGGCAUUUAGACCGUGCGCCGGAUUAACACGCCGCAUAAAGUCCAGUAAACACCGCGCACUUCGCAUGGACAAAAGGACACGCAGACACCCGUGAUUUCCUAUACCUGAUACCAAGACGCCGCAGUAGUUCGCAGUAAGUUCCCCGAAGCUGAUCAACAGGGUUUGUUUCCUCCUACCACUCCUUCCCAAGAGAGUAUGUGGCUCCUGGAGAAGAUCCGUGGCUCUGUGGAAGGCAACGUUCUUCGUCAUCGCGACUCGGGCGACAACCAGUCCAAAGGGCCUACCCACAGCAAUGUGCUCACGCCUGAUAAGAUCCCUGACUUCUUCAUCCCACCCAAGUUGGUUUGCUGCCCCCCAGAGGCAGAUUCCCCAGAGAUGAAGCCCAAGAAUGGGCUGCACUCCUCCACAUCCGAGCAGACCAUCUGUAGCAAGACGCCUCAGGGAGGCUCGCGCAGCCCACGCCUCAUCUGCAAGCUCACCGGGGACACCAAGAACCUGCUCAGGGCUGCCAACCGCCACAUUAUACAGAUUGAGAGUGCCGAUGACUUAGCAGCGGGUGACGUUGGCGACCUCACCACCAAUGCUGACCCUCAGUCACAAACUGCCAUGUCCUUGCCCUAUGUACCCAAAGCGCAGACCUCGUAUGGUUUCACCACGUUGAUGGAGAGCCCUCACACCCGUCGCAAGGAGUCACUAUUCCACAGUGAUCCAACCAGUCCACUUACGUCCCCCAAUUCUCAGCGCAAGACACAAGGCACCAGCAACCACCUCAACCCAGGUGACUGCAAUACCUCACAUUCCAAUCCAUAUCGUUACUUCAGUGGCGGCGAGAGCGACACAUGCUCCUCAGCAGAGUCAUCACCGUUCGGUUCGCCCUUGCUCUCAAGGUCGGCCUCACUUCUCAGAAUGUUCACCCAUGAGACACAGGCUAAAGUUUCACGUGCUAAGCGCUCGUUCGCUCGCCACAGCUCUCUCUCGACAGACGACUGCAGCUCGGUGGAGUCCAGCCCAAACAUCCAGCGGCGCUUCAGAUGUCCACCGUCGCCUGCCUUCGGAGGCCGCAAAGCGGGUGCCAACAUUGAACGGCUCACCCAGCACACAGUCAAAUUGCACAAAGGAGGGACUUUGCGUCUAUGUACGGACUACGACACCGAGGCGGCGCGGCUCCGGGUGCGCGUGCUCGCCGCUGAAGACCUUUACGAUAAGCAGGUUGACGUGAAGAGCAUCAAUUGCUGUGUGUCUCUCUACCUGAACCCUGGCAAGCUGCAGAAGCAGAGAAGCAACAUCAUCAAAAACAGUCGCAAUCCCGUCUUCAACGAGGACUUCUUCUUCGACUCCUUGCCCGCCGCACAGGUCAAGAACCUGGCGAUAAAGAUGAAAGUGGUGAACAAAGGCACCAGCCUGAAAAGGGACACUUUGCUUGGGGAAAGGGAGGUGGCCCUAAAAGAUCUGCUGCCUGGCUUUUAGUGCCAACCGCAACAGACUCCACCGAACAGGACGUACACUCAGCCUGGACUGAAUCCACAGUAAACAAAGUGUCCACUGUAAUAUUUUUCCUUCCGUUAUCUUGCUGCAAGAGGUGACCUUUCCUGUUUGAAGACUGAGAGUGUGUUAUUGACAGGGAUUCUGUUUGUGCACAUGUACUGAGUGUAUGUUUGGGGCGUGUCAGUAUUUGAACUGUACAUAAAGCUCGCUGUAAGUGUCCUUUCAGAAGUGUGUGUGUGUCUGGCUCACUAUGGCAACUCAUGUCUAAAGCCAGCGAACAUCUGUAUGGCUGGUGAUGCAGCUGCUCUGCACUGUGCACAUGUACAAAGAGGCUUUGAAGUGCCACAAUGGCAAAUGCAAAUGCAUGCUUCAUAUCUGGUCUGAAAUUCUACAACUUCUGUGCGUGAAAAAAGACUUUUGUAUUUCGCUAUCACUGUAGUGCCAGACUUUCCCUGUAACCCUUUUCUUCAACCUUAUCACUGGAGCAUGUGAGUGAUCCUCAUGUCGAAUUGUUCUUGCUUAUAUCCCUAUUGGUUCUUUAGCUUAUUUUCACUGAGGAGUUUUUGUGGGACGAAUUCACCCUCCAGCCUUACAAACCAGAAAAGCUGCACAUCGCGAAACGGAAACCUGUUCAUCGUUAUUGCUGUAAAUAACUGCCUAUCCGUGUUGUACGUGUGUAUGACAGACCUACAUUAUACUUGAGUAUUUGCACAAAUGUCUUGGCAUGUUUGUUGAAAUUUACGUGCACACCUGAGACAAACUUGCACAGAUCAAUGCAUAAGCUUUUUCCUUACCACUUGUUAAACACGUUGGCUGGAACGGAUCAGCCAAUCGUUAACAAUUCUAUACAGCAGUGCCAAUAUUUAUGGAUUUGGGAUUUAUACUUUUUUUAGUGUAGCUAAUUAUAAUUCCUUAUUAUAAAUCAUCUUAAUAGCAUCAGUGUAAUGGGCUGAAAAUGGCCAUGGGACCUUGUAAGCCUUCUUAUUUUUCAUUUACAGAGCCUUGAGAGCUCUGUAAUCUAAUUAGCAUUUAGGAGUCUCUGCAGUAUAGCGCAAAUGAAGGGGCUAAAGCUGCUGCUGGCAGAAACUGUGGUCAUCCAGUAGGGAACAGCACUUCUGGGCUUUUUUGUUUGUUGUUUAUUCUUUAAAUAUUAAAAAUUGAAUAUAUAACAAACAACCCAAUUUAAGCUUGCCAGCUAGAACUUAUGAGGGUAGGAGCUGUUGGAGAGAUGUUGUUGGUGGUAGAGGUGUUGUUACUGGCAUGAGAGAGAGAGAGAGAGAGAGAGAGAGAGAGAGAGAAAGAGUCCGUCAUUCAUCCAUUGUCAGCCUGUAUUUUACAUAAAGCUCAAUAAUUACACUCUAUAGACCAGGGACCAGACCAUUUUAAAUCCAUUUCCUGGGUUUUCUGCCGAAACGUUUCUUACGUCGCCUGAACGAAUCCUACAUUUCUAGCUCUAUUUUGAGCCCUCAUUUGCAAGAGUAAAAUUGCAGGUAUUAGAUUCCCUAUUAGCUUUACUUCAAUGGCAGGGACUGUGAUUCUCUACACGAACAGCAGAAGUACAAUUAUCCAAGAGGGCAAUGACUUCUGACUGCUUGAAAUCUCACAAAUUAAAAUGGCUGAAAGAAGACCCUGGACUCUUUUGGUAGAAGUGAAAGGACUUAGCGAGGGCAUUCGAUUGCUAUUCAUUUCACUAUCCGUGUUCCUGUAGAUGAGAUACAACUGUCUGGCGCUUGUGUUUAGAAGCCGAAUAUAAAAUAUGAAGUGCCUAUCCACUGAACUUGAUGCCUGUCCUUCGGUCUGUCCAGACGUAGGCCUCUGUGUGCGACCGUCCUCUUCCCUUAUUACUGUGUGCAGAUGCGUUAUCAACACUACCUUUAUUUACCAAGUCCAAAUAGACGUACUGUAAUAUUGUACCUCCCAGUUCUAUAGUGUGGGUGUUUCUAUAUUUUCUGAUGCCGAAGGUGGAUAUUGUUGGUGUUGAGUGGAUGCGUUUCGUCAUCGUGGGCUUUUAUUGUUUAUUCUACCAGCCAAGAUUUCCAGCAGUGACUUUAUCCUUUCGCCCAACUCUGUUUUCUGAAACAACUUCCCUUAUUCAUUUCUUCAAUUUUAUAUUGAUCCUCCAAAUCCAAAGUGAAACAUGGUAUUGACCUGUCUAUUU